CCCUAUUUACAUCCAUCAUGUGAGGGGGUGUGUGUGUGUAGAACCCUAUCUGUGGAACCCUAUUUACAUUCAUAUAUAGAGCAAACAUUGAGCUGAGCCUCCUCACCACACACAACACUUACAAUUUGCUCUUAUUUUUGUGCGGUGAAGAUGAAGAUGAAGAUGAAGGUGAAGGUGGUGACGCGGAAGCUAGUGAAACCAUGCAAGGCUACUCCGCUGCAUCUCGGUCGCUACAAAAUCUCCCUUUUAGACCAGAUCAACCCGGCUGUCAAUCACACUCGAAUCCUUUAUUAUUCAUGUGAUGAUGGAGAAUCGAAAUGUAUUUUGUUGGAAGAAUCAAUGGCUCAAAUUCUGUCCAACUUCUACCUGCUAGCAGGGAGGUACAAUAAGGAGAAACAACAAGUGGAUUGCAACGACCAAGGCGCUCUCUUUUCGACUGCUCAAGUCGAUGUGGAUCUCUCUCUCACCUUGAGGAGCCACGUUGAUCCUCAGCAGCUGAACCAGCUCCUCCCAGUCGACUUGGCUGCCGUCGACGGGCCCACCCAUCCAAUCCUCGCGGUCCAAAUCAACAGGUUUCUAUGCGGGGGUUUGGCCAUCGCUGCAUGCGUAUCGCACAGGGUCGUCGAUACCGCCUCCUUCUCCUUAUUCUUUACGGCCUGGGCCACGACCGCACACACCACCGGAAAACUACUAAUUCAACCCUAUUUCGACCACCGUAGCUCCUACUUCCCUGCCGAGAAUCUUCCGCCCCACGACGACGGACCUCAUGAAAACAUCAUCACCGAGCGCUACAUCUUCGACAACAAAGCCAUUAAGAAACUCUGCCAGCGGCUGACGUCCGAGCCCCCUCUGUCAAGGGUGGUCGCGGUCUCUACCUUCUUGGCCCAGGCCCUCCUCCGCACAGACAUCGCGCGUCGUGGGGAACCCUGAGCCGCCCUCAUCGGGCAACUCAUCAAUAUUCGAGAAAGAACUGUCCCGCCCGUGCCAAAGAACACUUUUGGCACGUGGCUUUCCAGUUCUUUCCUCGUCAUAGCCGCAGAAGACACUGCGGCAGACGCUGAAGGGGAAAAUUUUCUAGCCCUGGCGUCAAGAAUCCGCCACGCCACGGUGCAGGGAGUCCGCGAUUGCGCGCGGGUGCUCAGGGACAAAGAGUUUGGUCAGAAAUUGCUGGUCGACAAUUUCUUAAAUGCCAACAAGAAAGCCAAGACCGACGAUUGUAAGAUGAUAUGGUUGGCAGAUUUCUCGAAAUUCGGUGAUUACGAGCUGGAUUUUGGGUUCGGAAAGUCGGAUUGGAUCAGCCUCCCAACGCCAACGAUGGUGUUGGAGCUGAAGGAUCAUAUAAUGAUGCUAAACAACAUAAGCAACGACGGUAUCGAAGCGUGGGUGUUUUUGCAAGAAUCGGACAUGCAAUUUUUCCGACAGGAUAAAGAGAUUCUCCUACUCAGUGCAAGCAAUUUGAGUGUGUUCUCAAGAAUAUGAGUAUGAUAUUAUGUCUUUCCGCAGUUUAUGAUUAAAUUGAUGUUUUAACAAUGUAUGUGUGGAGACUGUGGAUGUUGAAUGCAAUCUAUGUAUUGAGAGUGUGUA